UGGCUAGAACAUCAAUGAAACAUCCUCAGCUCCACAAUUAUUAGAAAGAAUUGAAAGAAGAUAAAAGCUAAACAGUUUGGCAUAAGAUGACAGAAUCCACACACCGGAGCAUGUAACUGUUACAAAUGCCCCCCUUAAGGUGAUGACAGAGCUCCCCUAACGGCUGUUGCUAUGGACAAGGUAAAGUGGCCCACUAGUGACAGUGUGCCCUUGUUUGUUGCCAUGGUCUUUGUGGUCCCCAUUGCGUUUGAAUUCAUACGAAUACUUCUGGAAGACAAGCUGGACUUCGACCUGGUCAUCAACCUUAAGCUUCUCAGAAUCAUCGAACUGGUGAUGGCUAUAAUGAUAUUUCCAACGGCGGCCCUGUCCAUCCUUGGCUACAUCGUAUACAAGAUACUUUUGGUUGCGUUCUUCAUGGCCAUUUGGCUGGUCGACCAGAUUUCGAGGCCGGAGAUUCUUUUCACGAUACUCUACUAUGUGACCUGUUUCUUCGUGCUUCUGGCUCUUCUGACUGGACUUGUCGUCACUUUAAAAUACAUUGCAAAUAAUGCAUAAACAUUGGGUUUACAAGAAUAGAGAGAGAAUGGGGAUUCCUUUGGCUCUAUUUUACUCACAAAUAUAAAUGCUGGCACUCCUUACGACAAGGAGAAGGGGGAGAGGGGGGAAUUGACCCCCCAACCAGCAGUUAUAACAACGCUUAUAUCUGGACUGUUUUUCUAGAUGUUACCAUUCCAGAUGCUGCUUGGUCGUCUUGCGAUUAGAGAGAGAGAGAGGGAUGGCACCAGCUCGGCGGCCGUUUGGUGAGACAGGAGGAUCAAGUACAUCUCAUUUACUUAGUUGGAAAAUAAAACAUCUUUACAUUUCA